CGCAAGCAAUGAAAGUUCAUUUUAGAAUCAUAAAAGAGCGAGCAGCGCGUCUCGUACUACCAUAAUUUCUACAAGCAAAAAACCGAAAUGGCCAACAGGAAGCUUAAGAUGCAGGGAUACAUCAAGCUCGAUGCACAAUUGCGCCAGCAGAACGACCUCGAGAAGAAACGAAUCGAGGAGCUGCGCAAUUAUAUUGACUACCAUGAGAAGCGCACCGAUCCAACCAACUCCGCGGAUAUGUUCAGGUCCUCACGCAGGGUGUGCCGCCCGCGCACCCCUUCAUCUCUAAGUGUCUCGGACACAACACUAACUACGGACAAUGAUGACGUACUGAAGAAAAGCCCCAACUUGAAGCAAUUCAAGCAAAUGCUCUCUCAGACUGUAAAAUCUGAAUUGAAAAAGGUUUAAACUUGUAAAAUUUGCUAUUACUAUACUUACUCUAUAAACAAGCUAUCAAUUAUGAGAUUAAAUAAUGAACAUUAAAAUAUAAUAUUUUUAAUUUCAA